CGCCAGCGAUGAGCUCGGCGACAUCAUGGCCAAGCGCUGGCUCGGCAACGCCGUCGCCCACAGCACCGACGCAGACAGGGAGACCAUCAUCCGCCUCCUGUACUCGCUCGCGUCCCGCCGCGAGGUGUCGCGGUACCUCCAGAUCUUCUCGUCCGCGACCCACUUCGCCGUCCUCAAGGUCGGCGGCGCCAUCAUCACCAACGACCUCGAGUCGCUCACCCUGUCGCUCAACUUCCUCCACCGCGUCGGCCUGUACCCGGUCGUCGUCCACGGCAUGGGCGACAAGCUCAACGCCCGCCUCGAGGCCGACGGCAUCGUGCCCGACUACAUCGACGGCAUCCGCAUCACCGACGCGCGCACCCUGUCGCACGCCCGCCGCGUCUUCCUGUCGGAGAACCUCAAGCUCGUGUCGACCCUCGAGGAGCUCGGCACGCGCGCGAGGCCCAUCACGGGCGGCGUCUUCACGGCCGAGUACCUCGACGAGGCGAGGUACGGCUACGUCGGGCGCAUCACGUCGGUCGACAAGGAGCCCAUCGAGGCGUCGAUCCGCGCCGGCGCGCUCCCGAUCCUCACGUCGCUCGCCGAGACGCCCGAGGGCCAGAUCCUCAACGUCAACGCCGACGUCGCGACGGCCGAGCUGUCCAAGGUGCUCGAGCCGCUCAAGAUCGUCUACCUGAGCGAGAAGGGCGGCCUGUACCACGGCGUCACCAAGGAGAAGCUGUCGCUCAUCAACCUCGACGAGGAGUACGACGACCUGAUGAAGCAGGACUGGGUCAAGUACGGCACCAAGCUCAAGCUGCGCGAGAUCAAGGAGCUCCUCGACCACCUCCCGCGCGCGUCGUCCGUCGCCAUCAUCUCGCCCGACAACCUCCAGAAGGAGCUCUUUACCGACUCGGGCGCCGGCACCCUCCUCCGCCGCGGGUACAAGCUCUACAAGCACACGUCGAUCGAGGGCGUCGGCCAGGACCGCCUGCGCCGCGUCCUCGCCGAGCGCGACGAGGACGUCACGUCGGGCCGCAAGUCGGUCGCCCAGGUCCUGUCCGAGCUCGAGAAGAGCCACGCGCCGUUCACCAUCUACGGCGACGAGCCGUGCGACGUCGUCGCCAUCGUGUCGCACCCCGAGGGCCAGGUCCCCGUCAUGACCAAGUUCCUCGCCAACCAGAACGCGAUCCAGAACGGCGUCACCGACAACGUGUUCAACUCGGUCCGCAAGGACUUUAAGCGCCUCUUCUGGACCGCCAAGGCCGACGACGAGAACAAGGCGUGGCACUUUGAGCGCGCCGACGGCUCUUUUACCCGCAACGGCCGCUCGCUGUUCUACUACGGCGUGCAGGACGCCGGCGAGGUCGAGCGCCUCGUCAAGGACCUCGACGCCGCCGGCCGGGUCGAGCGCUCGUACCUCCCGAUCUCGUACACGUCGUCGUCGCGCGGCACCGUCUCGUCGCCGGGCAACCUCGCGUCGGCGUUCAACACGCGCUCGUACUCGACGCGCGCUCGGCCCGCCGCCGCAUCGUCGUCGUCGUCGCCGUCGUCGUCGCCGUUCGGCCAGUCGCAGCAGGCGCGCUCGUUCUCGAGCUCGCCGUCGUACGCCGCGACGGCCAAGCGCGUCGCGCUCAUCGGCGCUCGCGGUUACACGGGCCAGAACCUCGUGUCGCUCAUCAACUCGCACCCGUCGUUCGAGCUGGCGCACGUCUCGUCGCGCGAGCUCGCCGGCCAGCCGCUCGACGGCUACACCAAGAGCAGCGUCACGUACGAGAACCUCGGCUACAAGGAGAUCGAGCAGCUCGAGCAGCGCGGCGACGUCGACGCGUGGGUCAUGGCGCUCCCCAACGGCGUCAUGGCGCCGUUCGUCGACGCCAUCGACAAGGGCUGCGCCAACAAGCCCGAGUCGAAGAAGAGCGUCGUCAUCGACCUCGGCGCCGACAAGCGGUUCGACGAGUCGUGGACCUACGGCCUCCCAGGUGAGUCGCUCGUCGCCGCCUCGGCCUGAGAGACCCCUGCCCCCCUCCCUCGUCCUCCUCAAGUUGUGCCUCGUUCUCCCCUUUCCCCCGUCGUGCCGUGUCCAAGUCGUCGUGCCCAGGUGUAGCGUCCCCUCCUCCCGAACGUGCAGACGCUGUAAAGCAGCUGUUCUCGCCCUCG